AUGUCACGCUUCUCCCAUCUCGACACAGACGAGGAACGUCUCCCGCACGGCAUGCGCCGCGUAGGCUACGACGCCGACACCCAAAUCUACACCUACCAGGACGCAGACGGAAGCUACUGGGAAGGCGCGCCCGGCGCUCAAUACGGCCAACUCACCCAAGUCUCGGGCGCCUCGUCCAACGCCGCCGUGGGCGCCGAAGAAGCCGAGCCCUUUAUGCCGGGCGGCGGCGGCGGCGAGCUCAACCGACGACGGAACCCGUGGGACGAUAGAAAAGGGUGGAGGCACGAGAUGAGGCCGCUUCUCAACUUCUUUGUGCUGAUUGGGCUUUUUCUGCUCGUUCUGACGUGGUGGCUUUACCGUACGCCGUCGUCGUCUUCGGGCGGGGCGGAGGAGGAAGAGGUUGCGGUGCCGCAGUGCGGUGGGCUGGCGGUGCCGUAUAAGAUUGAGAUUGGGAAUACGUGUUGGGCUAUUGCUGAGGGCCAGAAGAUGACGAUUGAGGAUUUGCUCAAGGCGAACGAGGGGUUGGAUUGCGAUAAGCUGAUUCCUGGGAGCUUUAUUUGCAUGCCUACCCUAGGGUAA